AUGGAGUUUCCCGACAUAAUCGCGGAUACUGCAAGGCCAGGACGACAUCAUGAUGAGAUUGUCACUUCUCCUGUGACACAUGGCUCGGACACGAUAAAGCGCCCUGUUCUGCUUAACUCUCAGCUUAGCGUUGGCAGCUCGCCUAGCAGUCCUGUCUACCUGCUUAAUUCUAAAUUGGACGCAAAGAUUCUUGAAGAAUGCCUGGCCCGUAUCCAUGAUACGAUCGUUACAGGUUGUGCGUCCAGGUUCAUCGGCUAUGAAUGCAAUCUAUACAAACCUGGACAUCGCUAUCAGUUAGAAGAAGAUGGUGGUGAUAGCCCCCAGGACCAAAAGCCUGUGCAACUAGACCCUCUAUCAACUGAAAACCUCCUAAGACCCCCUCUUCAAUAUCUCAAUCGGAUAUGUCCUUGA